AUGUCUUUGUUUUCUCGGCACUUAAUUCUUAUCGCGUCGUCGGCCUUUUUUCUUUUGUUCAUCGCAUUGUCGCUAGCGACGGCUAUCCAGAUUCGCGGUAUAUCGCCCCAGAUCGUACAAAUCAGCUCUGCGCAGGCUGCUAGGAUUCCGGAUGAUGGAGAUGUGGUGGCGGCCAAGGCGCUGCUGAAUGGUACGGAGUUUGAUCGUGGAGAUGUGUUCAAUGGGAGCAGCGUUAUAUCUGGAUUGCCGCUUGCAUCGACUCUCGUGACCAUGACGUUGGAGUCCACCGACACUGCGGCAACACUCGUGUCCUCUACCCUGGAUAUGGCCAUUCUAUCUACUGCCACAGUAAAAACGACCAUUUCCACUGUCUUGACGAAAACGCUCGCUUCGACUACUUUGACCACGACAAUCGUUGCCACUACCCUGGUGAAAACGCGCGUAUCCACUACGACAACGAAAGAAACCGUACCCACCCUCAUGACCGAAACACAAGAAGGUAUAAUCGGAUUCACCCCAGAACCCCAAAGCAGCGGCAGCUGGGACGCCGAAGGAGUCCUAGGCCCUAAACUCACACCCAAACCCACACCAUCACGGGCUCCAGCCCCCAAACCCGUCGCCCCUCCAGCCCCGCAAAUCCCCAUCCUCGCCCUCACAUACGCCGGCUCCGGCGGCCCCAAACACUGCCGCGGCAAACUCCUCAAAAAGUCAUACUUCCCGCCUCCGCUUGAAAAAUGGAAAAACGGAACUUGCAUCAAUUUGCCGGGCGAAGCGCGCUGCGGCGUAUUUUUUUCGAAUAAAGGGGAUAAUUGCGAGGCGCAGCUUUUUAAUGAGGGGGAUUGCUUGAAUACUACUAGCACGUAUAUCAAUACUGUUGUUUUUAUGCCGGAGGAAAGGGCCGUGGGUGCGCUUUGGAAGAGCAUGUUUGUCCGGUGUGGGGUCGAGGUGCCGGAGGCUAAGAUGUUGGAUCCGAGUAUCCUUGGGGGAGCGUUGAAGAAACCUGGUGGUGGUCAUGGUUGA